ACCUCGAUAAAUUGUGUUUGGACAGAGCUUUGACUGCUCACGGCUCGCAGCUGCCUCUUCUCCCUCACUGUGCUCUCCUCAGCAGGGGGAAAGGCAGCCACACAAACUGGCCCCAGGGAAGAGGGGGAACAUCCCUGGAACAGAGCAGCCCCCGGGAUAAAUGGGGCUCCAGAACGCCAAAGCCUCCUGGGUGAAGAGAACCAACAUCGUGAUGCUGGGGCUGGACUCCGCGGGGAAAUCCACGCUGCUCUGCAGGCUCCGGUACAAAGAUGUUUUCCUAACGCUGCCCACCAUCGGCUUCAACGUGGAUAUGAUCGAAGCAGGGAAGGAUUUCACGCUGACAUUUUGGGAUGUUGGAGGGCAGAAGAAGAUGAGAGAGCUCUGGAGCAAUUUCCUGGAAGACAGCGACGGGCUGCUGUACGUGGUGGACAGCUCUGCCAAGCACCGGCUGGACGAAUCCAGGAGGGAAUUCGAGCUCAUUUUAAAGAACGAAUCCCUAAAAAACGUCCCCGUGGUGGUGCUGGCCAACAAGCAGGAUUUGCCUGGAGCUCUGAACGCCGAGGAGAUCACCAGGAGGUUCAAGAUGAAGAAGUUCUGCAGUGACAGGAACUGGUACGUGCAGCCCUGCUGUGCCAUCACGGGCGAGGGGCUGGCAGAGGCUCUGCAGAGAGUGGCCACGUUUGCCAGGCAGUACAGCAAGUCCAAGGAGACUUUCACCACCCUGAAGGAGCUCAGUGCCUUUUAAAGGUUUCUGUCAUCCACCCUGAAGGAGCUCAGUGCCUUUGAAGGAUUUCUAUCAUCCACUUUUGAUGACCCUUAACAUAUUUUGUUGGACAGAUUCUGGAUUCUGGAAGAACUUUUAUACAUAAAUAUUUAUAAAGGACUUUGACAAUGUUAAAUUCUACUGUUAUACCUGCAGAUACUUGAUGUACCUGAUAGGGUAUCUCAUACCUGAGAUAGGACUCUGUAGCAUUUUAUUUUUUUUAAUUUACUUGGGGUUAUUCAAGUUGAAUUCUGAGAAAGGGGCAGUCGAGAACAUGGGAAUAAAAUAGGUAAGCAGUGUUAAAGUGCCUUAAAUCAAAUGAAGAUCCAAAUUAAUUUUUUCAAGACAUAAACCAGCCAAGUCAUUUGGUCAGGAGUGGGAUGAGAGCUUCAGCAAGAGUUUGGCUGUUUCUGCAUUCCAGGAACAAUUCCUGCAGAGAGGCUGUGGGAGCAGGAUGAGCCCAGCCCCAGACAGGGCCUGGCUCCAGAGCUGUCACCAGGCUGUGACGUCCCCUUGUCCCAGAUACCCACUGCUCUGUCCCUGCCCUCCUCCCAGAGCCACCAGUCAGGGAACAGCUGAAUCCCACUGGUUUUGUGCUGAAUUCCCAGCUCUGGGUCUGCAAAUUUUCCUCUUGUGCUCCCAGAUUUUUUUUUUGUUUCAGGAUUAUACCAAAGAAGUAGGUGGGAAGUAGGAAGUUUACAUUUCUUUCUUACUAAUAAACAGACAGGAAUGUCAAGUUAUAAAAGGGUGAAGCAGCAGUAAAAUCACCCAGACAUACCCUGCUGUGUCAUGCACAGGUUAUUCAAAGACCAAAAAAAUCAUCAGGUGGAUUUGCUGAAGUAGUAAACAAAGGGGAAUUUCUCAAUUGAAGUUGUUAUUAAUACUGAGACUAAUUAAUUACCAGGGGUUAAAUCCUGAGUCAUGCUGAGAUUCCUGCUAAAAGCACAGCAAGUGUCUGGAUUUCUCAUUGCCUGCUUUGAUGAUUUGGGCUCAGUAGAAAAUGUCAUCUUCUGUCCCUAAAAAGAUCUUUAAAAGUCAUUAAUGCUGGUUUUCUGUGCCAAACAAUUCAAUGUUUAAAACUGUGAUAUUUCAUAUAAAUACAUUUAUAAAUGUU